AAAAAGUGAAAACGUACAUAAUCUCUCCUCCACACACACCUUUUGAAGAAAGUGCAGUUCCUCACUGUUCUCUUUCUAAAUGUAAUCAUUUUUUCAGUACAAAAUUUCAAAACCAAACAAAUCCUCUCAAUGGCGAUCUCAUCACAAUCCUUCUCACCUUCCUUCAUCUCAACACCCAACGAUUUAACUCGCCCAACUCGUCUUCCAUCCCGAGUCACCACUCACUUCCGCAAAACCCAAACCCGUUCUCCAGCUCUCCGAUUCACCGUUUCUUCACGUCUCAACUCAUCUAAAUCCUCCGAUGCCGGCGGUUCAUUUUCCCCCGACAACGGCGAUGUUCAAUACGAGCUUCAUCACGAUCUUUCACCGCAGCGUCGGAGACAUGGAUCGCCGGUGUUUGUUACACUUCCGGUGAAAUCUGUUGGGAAAGAGGGGAAAAUUUGGAGGCCGAAAGCGAUGAUGUUGUCGUUGAAAGCUCUGGCUGCUGCUGGUGUGGAAGGUGUUGUUGUGGAGAUUUGGUGGGGUGUGGUUGAAAGGAAUGAACCUAGGGUUUAUGAUUGGAGAGGUUAUCGUGAACUUGUUAUGAUGGCUUGCAUGUGUGGGCUUAAAGUUCGAGCUGUUCUUGCGUUUCAUCAACAUGGAAUUGAUGGUGAUGAUCUUAAUGGGAUACCACUCCCUCAAUGGGUGCUUGAUGAGAUACAUACAGACCCGGAUUUAGCAUUUUCUGAUAGGUUUGGAAGAAGAAAUUUUGAGUACAUUUCCCUCGGGUGUGAUAUUCUUCCUGUGCUGCGUGGACGUUCUCCCAUUCAAGCAUAUGCAGAUUUUAUGAGGGACUUCAGGGACACCUUUAGGCCUUAUCUUGGCAUUAUCAUUACAGGAGUGCAGAUUGGCAUGGGUCCUGGUGGUGAAUUAAGAUAUCCUUCAUUGUCUUCCCAAAAGCUAAAUUUGGCUUGGUCUCGUGAACUUGGAGAGUUUCAGUGCUAUGAUAAGUACAUGCUUGCUUCUCUAAAUGCCUCUGCUAGAAAUAUUGGAAAGCGUGAAUGGGGAAAUGGCGGUCCUUUUGGCACUGGAAGUUUGAUGCAGAAUCCCGAGCGUACUGAAUUCUUUAGAAACGAGGGUGGCUCUUGGAAUGCACCAUAUGGUAAAUUUUUCCUUGAAUGGUACUCGGAUUUGCUGCUACGGCAUGGAGAGCGAAUUUGUAGGGAAGCUGAAACUAUAUUUAGGGGUUCAGAAGUCCACAUAUCAGCAAAAUUGGCAGCCAUUCACUGGCACUAUGAUACACAAUCCCAUCCAUCGGAGUUAACAGCAGGCUAUUAUAAUACUUUUAACAGGGAUGGAUACUUACCAAUUUUACGCAUGUUUAGUAAAUAUGGAUUCACGAUGUGCUGCUCUUGUUUUGAAAUGCAAGAUGUAAUUAUGAAGAAGAUCAACCCAGAUAGUAGCCCUGAAGGUUUUCUUAGACAACUUUUGCUGGCUGCUAGGCUCUGUGACGUAUCACUUGAAGGUCAGAAUUUUUCAACUGAUUUGGAUGAUGGCGCAUUCACUCAGGUGCUGGAGAUGUCAAAAUUUUACUCAAAUGGGAUUGAGAGACGGCCCUUUUCAUUCAACUUUGUAAGAAUGGACAAAAAUAUGUUUGAACCUCGAAGUUGGGACCGGUUUACUCGAUUUGUGAGACGAAUGUCCGAUGGAAACAUGCUUCGAGCCAGAUUAAACCUACGGUUGAAAACUGCAGUGGCUGCAGAAGUUGGAUUGUUAUACCAGCUAUACCAGUACUCUUGAAAGUUGAAACUAGUUUUGGUCUGUGUUUUAGAAGACACAUUGUAGUAUUAUCACCAUCGUUUUAGUGUUGUGGAAUGUGUAGUAUCUGCAGAUUCUUAUGAUUCUUUUAUUGCUUCUGGGUAACUUUUACUUCUUCAGAGAACAGCAUUAUACAUGUCCUUCCAGAGUUUUUAUAUGGUUGGCAUGAUAUCCACUUGUACCUAUUCAAAUAACUGAGAUAUAAUCUUGGAUCCAGAUGCUGUUGGAAUCUCUAGUUCACCAAGUUCAUGAUGGAUAAAGCAGAUUGUAUGCUUGAAUUUCAAAUGAGUGUAAAUUGCCAUCGAACCACUUAUAUUUUGUUUUUUCUGCUGUAAAAUUAUUUAAAUAGAGCCACAGACAUUUGUACCUUACAUUGUUGCAAGCAUGCUAAGAUUUUAUCAAACUUUUAUAACC